CGGACGUCCAGGUGAGAGAGAGAGAGAGAGAGCAUAUUGUUGACUGUUGACAUGUGAAGGAAGACUGUUGCGGGAAAGGCGUCCUCGGCACACACCUUAAUACUCGUUUCUUGUCCCGAUUGCAAGAUCUGGAACAAAUAUCGUGACCAUCAUUUCACAGAUUCAAGUGGACUUUUUACAACUGUAUAUUCAUAGACCAUCCUGGAGAUGGAUUUGAAGUCAUUGCUUCAAAGCCAUCUAAGAAAAAAGGAGGAACUCAAAAAGAGUGAAAAUCUCACAGAGGAAUCAGAAAGUGAUGAUCAAGAAAAAAUGUUUGAGAAGUAUUACUGUGAAUGGAAAGCUGCCAGCAAGAGCUCAGCAACCAGUAAUGAUAAAACCUUUUCUGUCAUUCCAAAGUUUUACCACAAACUACCUCCUGAGGAUGACCAGCUGCUGCAGAAGUUACGUGAAGAGUCUCGUGCAGUGUUUCUUCAAAGACGAAGCAGAGAACUUUUAGAUAAUGAUGAACUGAAGAACCUUUGGAUGUUAUUAGAUAAACAUCAGUCAGUAACAGAAGUUGGUGGGGAGGAACAGUUGAUUAAUUAUGAGGAUUUCUUAAAGGUAGCAGAGCAAGCAGGGCCUAAGUGUAAGCAGUACUUUCAACCUUCAACAUUUUGUAAGUUGCUCCAAAGUGACUCAUAUGGACGCAUAUCUAUCAUGAAUUUCUUUAACUAUGUCAUGAGGAAAGUGUGGCUUCAUCAGACCAGGAUUGGACUGUCCCUUUAUGAUGUUACUGGUCAGGGUUACCUUAGAGAAUCAGACUUGGAAAACUACAUCUUAGAACUAAUCCCAACAUUACCUCAAUUAGAUGGACUAGAAAAAUCCUUUCAUUCUUUCUAUGUGUGCACUGCUGUUAGAAAAUUUUUCUUCUUCUUAGACCCUUUACAUACUGGACAAAUAAAGAUUCAAGAUAUAUUAGCAUGCAGCUUCCUGGAUGAUUUGUUAGAACUGCGUGAUGAAGAAUUGCCCAAAGACCAGCAGCAGAAUAAUUGGUUCUCAGCACCCUCAGCCCUUAGAGUCUAUGGUGUUUACUUGAAUUUAGAUAAAGAUCACAAUGGUAUGCUUUCUAAACAGGAACUUUCACGUUAUGGUAUGGGAACCCUGACUCCUGUGUUCAUUGACCGGGUGUUCCAGGAAUGUCUGACGUAUGACGGGGAGAUGGACUACAAAACCUAUCUCGACUUCGUCUUGGCACUGGAGAACCAGAAGGAUCCCCAGUCACUGCAUUACUUUUUCAAAAUUCUUGACAUUGAUGGUCAGGGUUACUUGAAUGUCUUUACCCUGAACUACUUCUUUCGAUCAAUUCAGGAGCAGAUGCGUCAACACAAUCAGGAGCCAGUUAAUUUUGAGGAUGUUAAAGAUGAAAUAUUUGACAUGGUAAAACCAGCAGAUCCAUUUAAAAUUACACUGCAAGAUCUUAUUAACUGUGGCCAGGGUGAUGUUGUCAUCAGUAUCCUUAUUGACUUAAAUGGCUUCUGGACAUAUGAGAAUAGGGAAGUUCUUGUGGCAGAUAGUAGUGAAGAUCCAGCACAGGUAUGAGUCAUAUUUUUUUUCCAUAUAUGGAGUAAAUACAUUUAAUAAAUUACAUAGCAGUGCCUCUACUUAUAAAGAAGUAACUACAAGCUAAUUAUCUUGUUUGAACUUUUGCCAUCCAUACAUUACUUCCUUUUUCCAUAUUUUUAUAGUACAAAAUAUAACAAUACAAGGAAAUGUAAGAAUGUAUGAGCAAUGUGUAGAAAUAGAUUAAUUAAGUCUAUGGUCAUAUUUUCUUAACUAAAUAUGUUUAGAAAUUAUUUUAGCAUUUUCCAAAAAUAAAA